CCGGAAGUGGUCCGGGAAAAAAAAGCGGCCCUCACCGGAAGUGGGAGAAAAAGAGAGAGAGAGAGAGAGAGAAAAAAAAAUACCGGAAGCGUAAAAGAAGGAAGUGUCUGAAGACCGGCUGUGUCACCGGGAGAGUCCGAGGAGGAGGAGGGGAGCGGGGGACACCGAGAGAGAGUCACCACCGUACAACACAGGGCCUUGUCCGGUCAUACCGAGAGACGUCACCGGAGACCGGAUACCCCUCCCCCCCCCGCCGCCGGUGUGUGAAGAUUUUAGCUGCAUGGUGGAUGAAAAUGGCGCAGGAGACGAACCACAACCAGGCGCCUCUACUUUGUUCCAACGGGUGCGGAUUCUAUGGUAACCCCCGCACCAACGGACUCUGUUCUGUGUGCUACAAAGAACAUCUACAGCGGCAGAACAGCAGCGGCGGCGGCGGCGGCAGGAACAGUCCACCAGUGGUGUCCAUGGGGAGUGGGGUGGAGGUUCCCUCCUCGCAGCAGGCGGUCACACCUCAGGUAUCUGAACCAGAAGAGUCCGCAUUGCCACAAGCAAGUUCCUUGCCACUUCCAGAAUCUGUGUCCUCGUCACAAGCCGAAUCCACAGAGAACAGAACUUCCGAAACAAACGAGGCGCCAGCUUCUCCAUCAGACAGCGCACAAAAUUCUUCUGAAGAGCAAGCAAGUUCUCCUGUAAAGGCCAAGCUAAAAAAGAACCGCUGCAACAUGUGCCGCAAAAAGGUCGGACUUACAGGAUUUGAAUGCCGGUGCGGCAAUGUAUUCUGCGGAACCCACCGCUAUUCCGACGUCCACAGUUGUUCCUUCGACUACAAAGCGGAAGCCGCUGCAAAGAUCAGGAAAGAAAACCCCGUGGUGGUGGGAGAAAAGAUCCAGAAAAUCUGAAGGAGGAGGAGCUCUGUGUCCCGCAUCUCAGUGGACAUCUCUGGGACACGCCUACUUUAUAGUCCACCCGGUCAGUUUUGUUGGAUCCGGGGACACGGCUACUCCUAGCUUCAAUUUUUAUUUUUUCUCCUUUUUUUUUUUUUUCUUACUGCAGCUUUCCCUGAUUUUUUGACAGUUGAAACCGGGAUAAAAAAAAAAAAAAAACCACAGGAAACAAACUGAGAAAAGUCUUUUACACCCUCUCCAGGUGUUUCCACCCUCUUAGCGGCCCGCCUAGUUUCUUAUCUUCUGAAGGGACAGACGAUGUGACGGAGAACGUUCUCCUCUCUCUGGAAUGGCUCGAGUUUUACACCUUCUUCUAGAUAUCAAGCAUCCUGACUCCAUUAUCCCCCCUCCCCCCUCCCCCAUUGUAUUUAUCCUGAUGCAAAAAACGGAUCAGCAUUUUAUUGGACCAAUUUAAUGAUGUAUGUCUGAGCUCUGGAGGAAUCUCCUUUUUUCAUCAGAGGAACCCGCUCUAAGAAGCCUUUUAUUUUAUUUCCUUUUUAUUUUUUAUUUUAUUUUAUUUUUUUCGAUUUUAAUUUUUUUUUCUUGCAUCUUUUUUGUGUGAUUGUGUGGAUGAUUACAAAUAUCUUUAAAUAUAGAAUGGAAAUAAACUGAAUAUUAGUGUUGG